UACGCUAAUGGUAGCUUGUGGAGACCGCUGUUGCAGGUUAAUCUGGGAGUCCGUCAAAGGAACACGAAAGCGCUGGUGUCUGUCAUGGCUGCCGAUAUCGUCAUCUACCCCACAUACAACUUAGCUAAUGAUCUUGCCCUGAUCAAACUGCCCUAUGCAGUGACCGUCAGUUCUCAGAUAUGUCCUGUGUGUCUGCCGUCUCGAAGUAUGUUGGCUCAGUCUUGCCAAGGAAAGGUCUUCAAAAUCGCUGGCUUUGGCAUAACGGAAUUAGGUGCGGUGAGUAACGACUUGAGGAAGUUGGAUGAUCGUAUUGGCAUUGAUUAUCCCCAAUGCCAGUCAGUUUUUGGACCAUCUAUCACUGAACACCACUUCUGCACCUCUGGAAGUGACUAUAAGCAUAUCUGUCUGGGAGACUCAGGAGGUGGUGUCUUCUUGAUGAUCGAGGGCCGAGCUGUGGUGUGGGGAGUGGUGAGCUUUGUGGCCACCGAAGACUGUUCGAACACAUAUCCGGAUGGCCAUAUCUCUGUCGCCUAUUUUCUUGACUGGAUCCAGAAUGUCACUGCAAGAAAAAUAUAUUAAUGUUGACUGUAUACUCUUUGGAAGACUGAAGAAUCUGCUUGUUUCACUACGAGGACGAUUGUCUUAACUGCUAGAAUGGACAAAUGCAAUAAAUUAUCAGCUUUUAGCAAACUGGUUCAUAUUGAUAGAAAAAGUAAUAUUUUGUUGUUAGAGCCGGAUUAAGAUUUUGUAGGCCCCUGGAUUACAAAUAUCGUGAAGCCUCCCAGUGAUAUUCUCAAAAAGAAAAAAAUAAUCACAACAGUCAAUAGUUCAUCAUAUACGUGAUGUAAUAGCCUACUAUAACUUACAGCAGUAACUGUGAACACUUUUCAGUUAAUCUCUGAAGGCCCUCCAGCUGGCGAAGAGCCCUGGUUUGCAGCCCCUAAUCCGGCCCUGUGUAUUUGACUAAAAGCUUAAUGGCAAGCUGCAUAAUUUUAUCAAGUAAUAACGUGCAACUAUAACAACUGAUAGUCUACCCACUUAAUUAGGAUCAUUUAUUAUGUUGGAGGUAUUUUUUUUUUCAUAAUUAAACCACAGAGCCUUUUGACACAGCACAUAUUUUUUUUAGCUAAUUAUGAGAAUGAUCCUGAGUUUCUUGGUGGAAGAUAUGGAACAACAUUUUCCAAGUUCCGCUGAAAAGCUUUAUUGAGAGAAGGAAGGAAGACAUGCCUGAAAGAACGAGACUAAGACGCAUAUGCCCGGAAAAGGGCAUAAUACCUUUCCCCAGAGUGUAUCAUUGCUUAGAUAAACCUCAUGAUUCUCCAGGAUGAGAGUACAUGAUGGUUACCAUACGUUCAUCUUAGGAGGCACAAGAUCUAGCAGGUAGAAAAAUAUAUUCCAGAGUAUAUUAUUUCCAGGUCAAAACACACGUUUUGCAAAGAUUACAGAUGAUCUCCAAGGAGAAGGUUAAAGUAACAUUCAGAGAAAUAGUAUUACAUCUUCUUCAUGAAUAUAAUCUCUUUCUUACUUCUAACACUUGAUAAACUAGUAACAAGUGAAAGGAAUAAACCUCUCUCUCUAACAAGACACUUUCUGUUGUGUAUGAAUCGUGAUCAUUAGUCGCCAGGAUGAAGUAUUAUCAUUGAACUGAUUGGCAAAUGAUAUCCUGCUGCAGAUAUAUAUUAUGCACAUUUUCUGAAAAAAAAAAAUCAUUUUAAUCAUAGUGAUUUUUUUUUUUUUUUUUUUAAAUUUCAUUCAUGCUAUUCCUGUUAUGUUCUUCUGUUUUCAAAUAAUUUAGUUAAACUUUAGGCACUCAUGUAAUGAAUUAAUAUAUAGUAAAUUACUGUUAUAUCUUCUGAUUUGUAUCACCAUUAUUCUAAGCAAAAUAAAAAUAAAUGCAUAGACCAAAGUAAAAUUAAUUAAAACCAUUAGUUAAAAACCACAAAAAGCCCACAGUUUAAAAUGGAAACAAAUAUCAUAUAGAUACUAAUUGGUAUAAAUGAUCAUUAUUUUUAAAGGGGUGGACCGGUAAGCCAGCGGAAGGCCUCGGUCAGAUGACCUAAGCUCCAAAGGCGGGUCAUUAUCUGACUAAGACCCGCGUCAGGAAACACUUGUCCUGUUUCCUGACAAACCUUACCUAACAUAACCUAAUGGAAACAAAGCAACGUUUCGAUUCUUCGUGGACUAUUAUCAGGUGGCAAGAAACACUAAAAGAUGUGAGAUAAGAUGAUAAGACAU